ACCACUUCCGGUUUGUAAAUCGCUCGGGCAGUGAAAAUCUUAAAACUCAGAUUAAACUAUUCGUCAUUCAACUUAAUUAUAAUUCUAUUAGUAGCAUUCAUAUUUAUUCAUCUAAACGUUAUUGAUUGGAAAAGGUGUGAGAUUGAGUCGGGGGGCGCUGACUAUGGUGUAAACGGGGUAGUUUAUUGACUCUUUGACAGCGGCAGGUGUGUGUGAGUGUGUAUGUUGGUCUGCUGGUAUGUUGACAUUAGCCAGAAAGCUGAAGAGGGAGGAAGGGGUGAGGGCCGGUCGGGCCCCUGCAGGAUCUAACGAUGCCUCUCAUAGAGUGUCUGUCAGAGACCGGCUUCUCAUCAAAGAGGUUGCAGAACUUGAGGUCAGUCUUCCAAAUACUUGUAAAGUUACGUUUGCUGAUGAAAACAAACUCUAUCACUUCCAGUUGUCUAUUUCUCCAGAUGAAGGUUAUUACCUGAGUGGAAAGUUCCAGUUUGAAAUAGAAGUUCCUGAAGCUUAUAAUAUGGUGCCUCCCAAAGUCAAGUGCUUGACUAGAAUAUGGCACCCAAACAUAGCAGAAACUGGCGAGAUCUGUCUGAGUUUAUUGCGAGAGCAUUCAAUUGAUGGGACUGGCUGGGCACCAACACGCACACUAAAGGAUGUAGUUUGGGGAUUGAAUUCACUCUUCACUGAUCUUCUGAACUUCGAUGACCCGCUAAAUAUAGAUGCAGCAGAGCAUCAUUUGCGGGACAAGGAAGACUUCAGGAGCAAAGUUCAGGACUUCAUCAAAAACUAUGCAAGAUGAUGUAUCUGUUUGCCUUGCAAGCAACUCUCACAUGCAUGUGACUUUGCAGAUGCACACCGACCCUGUGCAUCCUGACUGCAACAGAGACAAAUUCUCAAACUUUUGAAACAUACUUGGGGAGCGAGGAAACGUAUGCGUAAUGAAUAUUGCAGCAAGUCCCUGAUCAAGAUUUGAGAGGGGAUUGUGGGCUUUUCCACAGCUGUAGUUCUUGCAGGUUCUUCUCAAUCAAGUUUGCUUUUACCCCCUCCCCCACAAAAAAGAAAGAAAGAUAUGAAGAAAAAAAAAGAACAAAGAGGGUGAUUAUGACAAUGAGGAUGUAUAACCUCUCUGAUAUCACAUCCAAUGCUAGUGCCUCUGUGUCUUUGCCACAUAUAACUGGACAUGUUCUAAGCCAACUGCUGCAGUCCACUUCUUUUUUAAACUUAACCUAUGGAGAUUCAUUCUUUCCUAAGUGAUGUCACAGAGACCCCAAAGUUCAUUAGCUUGCUCACGCUGGGGGAAGAGCCCAACACCAGUCGUUCCACCAAUCAGAAGAAUCUCAAACUACGCAUAGCACUGAUGUCACGCAGAAUAUGAUGGCUUAAGUUCUUCAUCAGUGGAUUUCUGAGCAAAUUUUGGAAAGCCAUUUCUCGUAACUCAGCACCUACCCUUAUGUAAAAUCACUGCAGUUAUCAGACUACUCGGCAUUACAUGUGUACGCACGCAAAUAUUAGAGUACCUAUGGGUGCCUAUGAUUGAGUUUUGAAAUGGUUUCAAUUAAGAGUCAGUUACGGGUGAAUCUCAUGAAAAUAUGGCCAGGCCAUUUUUCAAACCAAAAGAAAAAAGGAUAAUUGAGAUUUUUGCCAUUAUUUUUCCAAAUGUUCAUUACUGUAAUCCAUCCAGACUUUUUACUUAGUUUUGCAAUUUCAUUUUUCUUAAUGCUGCUUCUCAUUAUAUUCUCGUUACCAUAAAUACAGUAUUUUUUUUUACUUAGUUACAGGAAGAAGAAAAAAUACAAUAUCUAAGCGAGUACACAAAAUACUACCAUGAUGCAUACAAUUUAAAUAAUAUAUCAUUAUUUUUUUGCAUUACAGUAAUUAGAAUUAUGAAGAGGGAGAAAUGUGCUUAAUUGUCAUGAAAAUAAUGUCUCGAUGCAAAAAAAUCUUAAAGGUCCAAAAAAUAGGUUUCAUUUUUCUUAAGCAAAGUAUAAGGUAUUUCUUUUGAAUUUGGAAUGAAAUAAGACCUGGACAUGCUCUUGACUGGUUUUGUGAGAUUCACCCUUGCUCUCGUAUGCAUUUUUGUCAGUAUAUACACAUUCGUCUUUACCGGUGUGUGCAUGUACACAUGUGAGAAUACUUGUAUGCUAGUAUUGUGUUUGUGUGUGAGCGAGCGAGCGACCGUGUGUGUGUGUGUGUGUGUGUGUGUGUGUGUGUGAGUGAGAGAGAGACUGGGAAAUGAAUACAUGUCUGAUUUUGGUAGCAUGCACUGGGCUACUGAAACGCUCAGCUAUAAAAGCUUGUUAAAUUAGUGAGGAUUUACUUUAUUUAAUUUGUUUGUUUUUUUCUUCUUAGAGGUGUAUAUCCAUUUGUAAAGUAUAUUAAAGAGGAAUUCUAC